CAAUGAAACAGGGAGAGUCUUAGCCGAGAAGAGCUAAAUGUAUGAAGACUUGUUUAGGAUUUUCUCCUCUAAUUGUACCGGCACAAAUUACUUUUUUAUUGUAAUACGAGUACUUUUUUAACCCUUUAAACUUGUCACGCAGUCUUUUGGAGUAAAUACAGAUCAUUUCUGUGGUUAAUGCGGAUAGUUUUAGUGUCGUUAAAGCGACCGUAAUGCGGCUCAGAGGCUAAUCCCUGCUUUUCAUUUAAACUCACUGCUUUUCAGGUUUGUUUUAAAACAACGCGGGACUUAAGGUAGAUAUAUUUCCAAGGAUGACUGAGUACAAGUUGGUGGUAGUAGGAGCAGGAGGCGUUGGAAAAAGUGCGCUCACUAUCCAGCUUAUUCAGAACCACUUUGUGGACGAAUAUGACCCUACUAUUGAGGACUCUUACAGGAAGCAGGUGGUGAUCGAUGGUGAGACGUGUCUCCUGGACAUCCUAGACACUGCAGGUCAGGAGGAGUACAGCGCUAUGAGGGAUCAGUACAUGAGGACUGGCGAAGGCUUCCUCUGCGUCUUCGCCAUCAAUAACAUCAAGUCUUUCGAGGACGUGCAUCUUUACAGGGAGCAGAUAAACCGGGUGAAGGACAGUGACAAUGUUCCAAUGGUGUUGGUGGGAAAUAAAAGUGACCUAAGCUCUCGCUCGGUGGAGACACGUCAAGCACAAGAGCUGGCUCGGGGAUACGGCAUCCCGUUCGUCGAGACAUCCGCCAAAACACGACAGGGUGUGGAGGAGGCUUUCUACUCUCUGGUUCGGGAGAUUAGGAGAUACAAGGAGACAAACCGCAGCAACAAGAAGAGCAAGAAACCCAGAAACCCAGAGAGACGUUGCACACUUUUAUAGCAAUAUUUCUGCCCACUCUUGCACUACAUUCCUGGAAUAGCACUGUACACACACACGUACACAAACCACAUGCACAUUCUGCUGUAGCAUCUCGACCCUUAUUCCUCCACUUAGAGCCAACUUAAAGAAAGUUCCCAACCAGGAAGCUCAAAAACAGUGCCAUGGCUGCUCUUUUUUUUUUUUUUUUUUUAAUUAAUAUUUUUAGUCUGCAGUGGGUGUAUAUGCUUCGCCAAAUGCAGAGCUUCCUACUGGGGCUUUAUGUUAAUGUUAAAACUUUCACCAAGUUUCAUGUGUUAUUGAGCUUGUUUGGAUAACUUUAAUCCCAUGUGAUUGAUUACGAUUAUGUAAAUUCUGACUUUUUUUGUAGCAUUUAUGUACUCCAAAAUCUCCUAAACACAAUGACUCUCAGGACAAAGUGUUAAAGUUCUCAACUGAGCUAGCGCCCUACCUUUAACCACUAUGAAUACAUGCUUGGAAAGUUGCAAUGCAGCGUCACGUCCUACCACAACCACCACCAAGGAGGUCAAGUUCAAGCUGCUCUGCGUCUCUAAUGGGCUCUACUCAAGCACUGGCUAGAACCUCCUCCCCUCCUGCCGUCUCCACCUCCUUCACUGGAGCAAGAAUGGAGACAUGAUUGUAUUGCGUUCCCUAACUUUUAUACCGUUAUAAAAAAAGGAAAUAAAACAGAAGUACAUUUAUUUUUAAAUCGGGCCCACGCUGGGGUCUGAACACCUCUGAUACAUUCCUGUCGUCAUAGCGAUGAGAUUAAUGGGAUUUUGUUAAUAAAAAGGAAUUUUGGCUA